AUGAAAUAUCUGAAUGCUCCUAUUAUCUGCGCCGCAGUGGCAUUUGGACUUCUCGGUUCAGCCAAAGGGUUAGAUGAAAGUCUGAUCGCCACUAUUGUGGAUUUACCAUCUUUCAUCAAAGAGUAUCAGCUUCAUGCAAGCUAUCUGAGUGCAGAAGAGAAAGCAAACAGACUAUCGAAUGUUACUUCCAUGCUGCAUCUCGGCAGCCUACCGGGAGCAUUUAUUGCAUUCUUCUCCAGUCACUGGAUUGGUCCACUUUGGACAAUGCGACAUUUGUGCCUCCUUUGGAUUAUAGGGAUGAUAUUUUUCAUCACAUUAGCAGGGAACCUUAGCCAGCUCAUAGCUGGUCGGUUCGUUAUGGGUCUAGGAGUCGGCCAGGCGGGUAUCAUUGGACCCAUAUAUCUAGCGGAGGUGGCUCCAAAAUCCCACCGAGGAUUGCUAGUCGGUGUUUAUGCGCUCUCGGAGUAUUUUGGUGUGUUCAUUGGUGUGAGUAUAUGCCGUGGUUGA